AUGGCGCGCGGCAAACUGAUAGUUUUCGAGGGCUUGGAUCGUGCAGGGAAAUCCACACAGUGCGAGAAGCUUGUUGCGGAUUUGCAAAAUGAUGGCGUCAAGGUGCGGCAUAUGCGGUUUCCUGAUCGAACGACACCGAUCGGACAGAUGAUUAAUAGCUAUCUGAGUGGGCAAAGCGACCAGGAGGAUCAUGUGAUUCAUCUCUUAUUCUCUGCCAAUCGAUGGGAAGCAGCUCCAUCUAUCCGAGCAGACCUCGCUGCUGGCACUACAGUCAUCAUUGAUCGCUAUUACUACAGCGGCUGCGUGUAUUCAGCCGCCAAGCAGAACCCCAACAUGAGCCUCGAGUGGUGUCGGAAACCUGAUGUCGGGCUCCCACGACCAGACCUGUGUCUUUUCCUCGAUAUUUCUGCCGAUGAUGCGGCGAAACGAGGCGGCUUUGGCACGGAAAAGUACGAAAAGAAGGACAUGCAGGACCGCGUGCGAGAAUUGUUCGAGACGUUGAUGCAGAAGAAAGAGGGCGAGGACUUUGUACGCAUCGAUGCGGGUGCCAGUCUCGAAGAGGUGGCGGCAAAGGUCAGAGAGCAGGCUGAUCGGUGCAUUGAGCGAGUUGCGAAAGGACAGUUGCCGCUACAAACAGUCGAAGAGUGGUAA